CCGGGACACGACCAACGCGGCGGCCAUGCGGCGGCUGCAGGCCGAGCUGCCCGGCGACCCGCCCGGCUUGAACCUCGAGAACCUGCUCGCCGUCGAGCCGGACGCGCUGAACGAGCUCAUCUGGGCCGUGGGCUUCCACAACAACAAGACAAAGUAUAUCAAGCGGACGGCCGAGAUCCUGCGGGACGAGUGGGGCGGCGACAUACCGGACACGAUCGAGGGCCUGACGGCGCUGCCCGGCGUCGGGCCCAAGAUGGGGUAUCUCUGCCUGAGCGCCGCGUGGGACAAGACGGAGGGCAUCGGUGUCGACGUCCACGUGCACCGGAUCACGAAUAUGUGGGGGUGGCACAGCACCAAGAAUCCCGAGGAGACGCGGAUGGCGCUGCAGAGCUGGCUGCCGAGGGAUAAGUGGAGGGAGAUCAACUGGCUGUUGGUUGGCUUUGGGCAGACCGUCUGCUUGCCUGUGGGCCGAAAGUGUGGCGAGUGUGAAUUAGGGCUGCGGGGCCUUUGUAAGGCCGCUGAGAGGGGGAAAGUACUGAAAGGAAGGAAAGAGAGGGAGUUGAAGUUGGAAGUGAACGGUGCUGGGGAGGUCGUCAAGGAGGAACUUGUGGAAAAGAAAGACGUCAUAUUGGCAGAUGUUGUGAAGAAUGAGGAGGUAGAUGACGCUGUAAGGAUCAAAGAGGAAGACGUGGAUGGAGACAGGAUAUCUGCAUCGGUAAAGAGGACCAGGACACUGAAGUAGUGUGCUCGUACGAGUGUGCGGCCUUCGAGUACCCGAUGUAAUGCAACACGAUGAUCAUGACAUGCUUACCAAUUUCUACAACGAGUCGGAGAUCCCAGUGUUGCCAGGUCUUCAACAUCCAGAUGCAACAACUUGUCUACGGGAUCGCUUGUGACAUGACAAUGUCGAUAGCUUGUCUCAAAAUAACUCUUUCAUUGGGGGAGCUAUGUACAGAAGCCCCUUUAAAGGGCAAGAUCUUGGUGACUCCCCAAA